AUGGCAGUUGAAUCUUUCCCGGCGCCUUUGGACGCAUCCAGACUCGAGAUCAAUGCCAUCCCCAAUCCCAAGGCUACUCCGGACGUCGAAGACCCAGACGUUGUGAACGUCAAGGCAUUCACGGACCGCAUGGUAACGGUUUCAUGGACUAAGGAGCGAGGAUGGUCUAAUCCUCAGGUGGUUCCCUACGGACCCAUCUCCCUGAUGCCCUCAGCAAGCGCUCUGCAGUAUGCGACUCAAUGCUUCGAGGGCAUGAAGGUCUUCCGUGGUUAUGACGGCCGUCUUCGUCUCUUCAGGCCUCUGUACAACUGCGAGAGGAUGCUCAAGUCAGCGACGCGCAUCUCCCUUCCGGCAUUCGAUCCGCGGGAGUUACUCAAGCUAAUCCACAAACUUUGCGAGCUCGAGGCGCCAAAGUGGCUGCCCAAGGAUAAGCCUGGGUCGGCGUUGUAUCUAAGACCAACCAUGAUCGGGUCAGAUUCCAGCCUGGGCUUCAAGGUACCGGAAGAGGCGCAGCUGUACAUCUUCAUGGUGUACUGGCCGGGUCCCAAACUAGUCACCGUGAAUGGCGAAACUGCGCUUCAAGAAGGAACACGGUUGUUGGCGAGCAGCGUUUCUGCGGUAAGGGCUUGGCCUGGAGGCACUGGGUCAGCCAAGGUCGGAGGAAACUAUGGACCAGCGCUUGCGGAACAUGGCCUGGCCAAGGAGCAGGGCUACGACCAAGUGCUUUGGUUGUUUGGACCCGAUCGCCAGAUCACUGAGGCGGGUGCAACGAAUAUCUUUGUGAUAUGGAAGACACUUUCCGGCGCUCUUCAAAUGGUCACACCCCCGUUGGACAAGGACAGCCUGAUACUGGCUGGUAACACGCGACGCAGCAUCAUAGAACUGGCACAAGAUAUGUUUUCCGUGGAAACUGCAAGCAAAAAACUGCAGUGCGAGGUGCUUGAAAGAAAGAUUACUAUGAGUGAGGUCGAGGAGGCGUCUAGCAACGGUAGGCUAAUGAGCGUUUUUGUGGUUGGAACAGCGUUUUGGAUCCAGGAGGUCAGCGAGAUUGGCUUCGAUGGUGGGUGUAUAAAGGUGAACAUUGGUGUAACGGCACAUGUUCCUUUACUGAGGGAGAGAAUGACAGAGAUCAUGUUUGGGAAGAGGGAGAGUGAUUGGGUAGACAUUGUUCAGGAGUCAUGA